ACACACAAGCAAACCCAGCUUCUGUUAUGGCAGGGGCCGCACGAUGGCAUUUCCCAGACAGCCGAGGCAUGCCGCCCUCCCCGUCUGCUGAGGAGACAGACAGGCAGAGCUGAGCGCAGACUGCACAGGACCGUCUGACAAGCAAAACCAGCAAGUGGAGGAAAGUGCUGAGCAUGUCCCGAGGUCUUAUUGCACGACAUAAAAUGGCUGAGAAUGGAGUUAAAGGGAAGCCCCCAUACUCAGUGGAAACCCCCUACGGCUUCCAAAUAGAUCUGGACUUCCUAAAAUACGUGGAUGACAUAGAGAAAGGCAACACCAUCAAAAAGGUUCCCAUCCAGCGGCGAAGCAAGGGACCCCGGGCCAGCACUCUUCCCAGGCACCUCCACUCCUCUGGUUCUGGCUACCAACCAAGUCCAUGGAGAUCUACAGGAGCUCUUGACCCCAGAUCCCGACCGUGCGAUAACCAUCAUCACGGGUAUUCCUCUUGGACCUUUGAUCACAGGCCGCCUGUCUCUCCUACAGGGCUUACAUCUCUAGUAGAAAUGGAGGCCAGGAUCAAGGAGUUUGAUGAACAGCCUCUCGGCGAGCACAUCCGGCCUCAUCUCCUCCGGGCCUCCAGUUUGCCGCUCACAGUGUUUCUCAGGCAAGAAUCAGAGACCACAGAUGACAGAAGCAGCAUCCGGAGCUCCAGGGAUCACCUCGGAGGAAGAAACACCUCCUGCGAGGACGUCUUCCUCUCAGACAGCCCCCGGCAGCAGGACUGCUCAGGGCUGCUGAGGCGCCUGAGCGAGGCCCUUGAACGCGUUGGGGAGCUGGAGAUGGAGGUGAGGGUUGUUCCUGAGCUCAAAGCUCAGAUCUGCAUCCUGCAAGAGGAAAGGGAAAGGCUCCGUCUGGGCUUGGUCCACCACGUCCCUCCAUCAACAGCUAAUGGAACAACAGAGCGUUGUCCUUCAUCUCCCUACGGCAAAGAGGACGGCCUAAUGUCACAGCGGGACGGUCACGUUACGUUUCCCAGAAAUCACAACAUCACUCAGAAGAAAACAAAUUCUACGCACGAUUGGCAAGCCAGCACGGAUCUGGAUGAGCUGCUGACGGUGACCUCCCUGCAGGCUAAAGUCGCAGCGCUGGAGCAGAAGCUCCAUGACACCGAGCAGGACCUCCAGAGGAUGGGGGGACUUCUGAAGGAGCAGCAGCAGGAGAGCAGAAGGAAGGAUGAGAAGAUAGAAUACCUCAUCAGGAAUCCAGGGACGUGGGUCCGUGCAGAGAGGGUGGUGGUGGACCAGGAGGGAGAUGAGACCGUGGUGAGAUCCCUCGAACCCGAUUAUAAUGCAGCCUCCUCCUUCGUCUCCACAAGAACUGCAACCCCAAGUUCCCAAAGGCACCUUUACUCAGUAAGGCCUACUGAAAGGGCUUCACAUGAUGGGGGCACAGACACGUCAGUGAUUGUUCAACACAUUCAGAGGAUUAAGAGUCUCCUGGACGAGCAGUGGGAGUGUGUGUGUGGAGAGUCAGGAGACAAGGGUAAACCGCUGAAACACCCAGAUCCAAAAGUCAGCUCCCUGCAGCGGCAGAUGAUGGAGCUUGUUGACGUCCUCAUGUCUGGAUGCAAGCAGCAGGAAGGCAGCGAUGGAGAGAAGAUCCAGAACAGAGGUGCCUCUAAGUCCACCCUGGAGAUGGACGGAAGCACCCAGACGUUAAAAAAGCCGCACUCAGUGGAUGUUGAUGAAGGAAUCCAAAUGUCCAUAAAAGGAGGCAUGGUUGGCCAGGCCAGUGGGAACCUGCAUGGUUUUGGUGAUUUGGAGAGCAGGGACAUCAGUGUUGCCCCCCAGGACAUGGAGACCACCCAGGUGGAUGUACACACUGCAAAAAGGGGAGUCCAAGCAGAGACGUCAACAUGCCCAAAGGGACAUGUAACACCGGUGGGAACGAUAUCAGCACAAACAGAUGGAGGCACAGUGUCGCUGGAAGCUGAGGGGCCAGAGAAACGGUCCAAAGCAAAAGCCCUGGGAGAACAGAUGGAGGGGAUCUCUGGCUCAGGACCCCAGGGAAGGGACACAUUGAGUGCAGACUUUAUGUCUGCCUGUCACUUUGUUAAGGAUCACAUGGACAACACAGAAAACCCCAAUGAGGACAUGCUUCUUCUUGGUGUUGCGGUCCAGAGGAAAGCUCUGGUCACAGUGUUCCAGCACUGGUUCGGCGCUGCAGCGGAUGAGGCCUCUGAGGCCAGCAGGGUAGCUGCGUACCUGAAAGAAGUAAAGAGGGAGGCGCCAUCUCUGCUGGCCUUCCUCGUCAACCUGGCAGACGACAACGGCAACACGGUGCUGCAUUACAGCGUGUCCCACUGCAACUACAGCAUCGUGAGCCUGCUGCUGGACACAGGUGUGAGCGACGUGAACAUUCAGAACAACGCCGGAUACACAGCAGUGAUGAUGGCCUCGCUCACUGCUCCCGAUGGACCUGCUGGGAUGGAGGUUGUCCGAAAGUUAAUGGAGCUGGGGAAUGUUAAUAUUCGCUCCAAUCAGACAGGUCAGACAGCUUUGCACCUGGCAGUGAGACAUGGUCGAGUUGUUAUGGUCCGCCUGUUGCUGAGCUGUGGAGCCGACGCCAACGUCCAGGACAGCCAGGGAAUGACGGCUCUCAUGUUCGCGUCAGAACGAGGCCACACACACGUUGCGAGACUGCUGCUGGAAAGAAGCCAGUGCGACCUGCGUCUGACUGACAAGCGGGGCCAGACUGCGCUCUCUAUUGCCACGCGAGGUUCCCACACCGACACAGCGGCCCUCCUGCAGGCCCAUGCUAAAGCUCGAGCUAUCUGAAAGUGGAAAUCUCCAGACCUGCCAGUGGAUCAUCUUCUCACACCCUCUGUUUGAAGCACUUGAAAAGAGAACAGACUGCUUUUUCUUUCUUGAUAGUGUUUUUAUCCUCUGAACUGUUGCAUGAGCAUUAGCUUUAGCCUUGGUCGAGGAAGCCAUAAAAUAAACGAGACCGUAUGUAAUCAGUUAUGCAAACUAUGCAAAGGAAAAAGUAUUUAUUCUGAAAAGGGUUUACUGUAUAUGAGUAAGAGUUAUAAAAAGGAUCAACAUGUCACAUGUCUGUUUUAAAGGAGCUUUUUGCUGCAAUUUAGCAGCCUCUAAAUGAUUUCAGUGUACCCCUCUUUGCAUGCGACCCUUAGAGGAAAGCGACUGAUAAAAGCAAACGUGUCCUUCCAGUUGCUAAAACAAGCUGCACACUGUUUAACUGACAAUAAAGAUAGUGAGAAUUUUCUUUA